AUGCCCUUGCAGCUAGACCACACCAUCGUUCCCGCUCACGACAAGGUGAAAUCCGCGGAGUUCAUCGCCCGCAUGUUCGGGCUGAAGUACGAGGGGCCCUGGGGACACUUCGCGCCGGUCAAGGUCAACGACAUACUGACGCUGGACUUCGAUGACUCCGACAACCCGCGCUCCAAUCACUACGCCUUCCUGGCAUCUGACGAGGAGUUUGACGGGAUCCUGCAGCGGAUCAAGGACGAGAGGGUCGUCUUCGGGAGCGGGCCACGCUCGCGGACGGAUGGGGAGAUCAACCACCUGCACCAGGGGCGUGGGUUCUACUUCGAGUGCGAAAACGGCCACGUCUGGGAGGUUAUCACCCACACGUACAUCACCGAUUAG